UUCUCUCGUCUCUCUUUCCUCUCUGCUCUGCGUCUCCCACUCUCCCCCAUCGGAGGGAUCUUUGGCGGGCGGGAAGAAGAAGAAAGAAGGGGAGAAGAAGGAUCGGAGGACCGGCAACGAAGCAGGAGCGGCACCCAUCAUGGCGAAGCCUCCCCUUCGCCAGCCGCCGGACCUGGCCAAGACUCUCAUCUCGAACGCCCACAGCCCCGAAUUUGCAUGGCGCUUCUUCAAGUUCCUCUUCGACAAGCAGGAUCCGACCCCUCCCCCCUUGUUAUCUGUCUCAGUCAUCACUCGCAUUCUGUCCCUCUCUAGAAUGCUCCCGCAACUCCAACACCUCCGGCAACUUCUCUCCCGCCUCCCGCCAGAUUUUGCCGUCCCUGCUCUUUCCACCGUCAUAACCCAAAUGGCGGCCAUAACUACCGAUCCUACUUCCGACCCCUCCAUCCUCGAUGCUGCCCUUUCUGCUUUCCAGUCCCUCCGAUCCGACUUUCCCGGCUCUCAGCCGCCUCAUCGGGCGUACACCUACCUUCUCCGUGCUCUCCUCCGCCACGGUCGGCCGGAGCCCAUCCCUGCCAUCUAUUCUGACAUGCUCCGCUCAGGGUUCUUUCCGGACACGACCACUCUUAAUUUGCUGAUGUCUGCGCUUGCUGAUUUUGGGCGCGUCGACGACGCCCGCCAAUUGCUUGAGAAAAUGUCCGUUAAAGGGUUAUCUCCCAAUUCCUUCACCUACGGCCUCCUGGCACGCGCCUACUGCAGGUCUGGGUGCACCGCUCAUGCUUUUGAGCUCCUUGAUGACAUGGAACGGCAUGGAUGCCGGCCUAAUCGAGUUAUUUACAAUACCCUUCUUUCUGGGUUUUGUAGAGAGAAUAAAGUGAAUGAAGCUGAAAAAGUAUGGGACAUGAUGUGUUCUGAUGGUUUUUCUCCUGAUAUUGUUACUUUUAAUUCUAGAAUCACCAUGCUCUGUAGGGGAGGUAAGCUUUUGGAAGCUUCUAAAAUAUUCAUCGACAUGCAGUUGGAAGAAGGUUUACCUUUGCCCAAUCAUGUCACAUUAAAUAUAAUGCUAGAUGGUUUCUGUAAGGCUGGGGAUUUGGCUAAAGCUGAAAAAAUUGUCGGUUUGAUGAAGAAGCUUGGACUUCUGAGGACUCUAGAGAGUUAUAGUAUAUGGGUGUACGGUCUCCUGAGAAAAGGGCGAUUGUGUGAAUCUCAGAUUGUUUUGAAAGAAAUGACAGACGAUGGUAUUGCGCCGAAUUUACAUAUGUACAACAUCCUUAUAGAUGGAUUAUGUAAGGCAGGCAUGUUUAUGGAUGCACGAGUUCUGAUGGAUACAAUGAGAAAUAACGGAAUCAUUCCAGAUAAGGUUUCAUAUAACACACUGCUUAACGGAUAUUGCAGUAAAGGAAGGGUCUCACUGACCUACGAAGUGCUAAAUGAGAUGCAAAGAAAUGGAUGUUUCCCAACAGCUUAUACUUACAAUAUAUUGCUGAAGAGCCUGUGGAAGGAAGGAAGGGCCUCAGAGGCAGAGCUGUUGUUGAAGAAGAUGAAUGAAAAAGGCCAUCGUCCAGAUACAAUCACUUGCAAUAUAAUGAUUGAUGGCCUGUGUAAAACUGGGAAAUUGGAUAAGGCAAUGAAAAUUGCCGGUGGAAUGUGGGAUCAUGGAGCUGCCGCUCUCGGUGACCUUGAGAAUGUGGUUCUUGGAUUAGUGGACGGUUGUUACGGUGAUAAAUGUCAUCCAGACGUGGUGACCUAUUCUACCUUGAUCGAUGGUUUGUUGAAAGCUGGAAAGUUUGAUGAAGCCAAGAAGAAAUUUGUGGAGAUGAUGGAUAAUGGUAUCGUUCCUGACCGUGUCAUCUAUGACACAUUCAUUGAUGGCUUUGCGAAGCAUGGUAAGGUCUCAGCUGCUCAUCAGGUUCUUAUUGAAAUGGAAAUAAAUGGUUGUGAUCCUAGUGUUAGAAGCUACAAUUCAUUGAUGUGGGGUCUGGCCAGUAAAGGCAAGGUUAUGGAGAUUCACAGCUUGAUAAAUAAUAUGAAAAACGGCAAGCUUCUUCCUGAUGCUUUUAGCUAUAAUUGUCUUAUUAAAUCUUUGUGUGAAGGAGGGAAGGUGAUGGAAGCUGCAUCAGUCUUCGAUGAGAUGCUCGGUCGGGGAAUUAUUCCUAAUAUUAUGUCAUUCAAAAUACUGUUGAAAGCAUUCUGUGAUAUUCAGGAUUUUGAAGCGGCUGAGAAGGUUUCUGAGCUGGCACACAAUUUCUGUUACCAGAAGAAAGUCCUUCACCAACUGAUGUUUGAGAAGUUCUGUGCGGCGGGUAGGUUUGUGGAUGCACAAAACCUUCUUGAAAUGCUUAUGCGGAGUGGGUGCACCCUUGAAGGGUUCUCAUACACUAGUUUGAUCAAGGGACUGUGUGAAGCAAACAAGUUGGAUGAUACACAGUUGACAUUAAAAAAGUUGGUAGAUAGAGGUUAUGUAUUUGAUCCUGCUGCUUUUAUGCCACUAAUUGAUGCAUUAGGCAAGGAGGGAAACAAACAAGAGGCCGAUAAACUUGCAGAAACUAUGAUGGAUAUGGCUGCUCGCUAUGAGGAUUUGAAUGAAAAUAUUGGAACUGCCGUACGUCCUGUUCGAUCAAAUAUACUGCAAAACGCACGGGGAAAGGAAAACAAAUUAAGCACUAGCGAUUGGCAGUCCUUACUGCUCCGAGAUGAUGGGGGUCUAAUUGUGCUGAAGUUGCUCAAACGAGUACGAAAAGGUUGGGGUCAGGGAACCAUAACAAGCUUUCUGGCAGAGAAGAACGACAAUCUUGAUAACUGGGUGGAUGUUGGAUAAUAUGCUUCGUUUUCCAUGAGGAGAAAUUUAUGUCACAGAAGAGGAAAACUGAUGUGUGCCUUUCUUCCUCAAGGUUGAAGCCCAUUAAUGCUAUUUAGCAUUUUAAAAGGACAAAUGGAAAGACGUGGUACUGUGGAAUCAAACCGUCCGUCAACUCAGAACUGUAUCUUGAAUGCAUGGGUAACCUGAAGAUAGGGUCACCUGAGUAACUAAAAAGUCAAUGCCGUCGCUCGAAUUUUAUGAAGUCUAUUCCUCGUGUUGGUGGAUGAGCUUCGUCACUAAAAUGAGGCUCUUUGUGCGUCAGAGGACAAGAUAUUUAGUCAACCUCGAUACAUGCUGUAUAGUAAUAGUUCUAUUCUCCUACCGUCUGCUAUACAGAAGAGAAGAUAUUUGUAACCAUCUGUGUGAUUGAAUUGAUGGCUUCGGGGAAGACGACUUAAAUGGUUGUCCUCUUGCUGGACAUAUUUGGUGAUAAAUGCGAUUUGAGGAUAUGCUAAAUUUUUUGUGCAUGGUGAAGAUAGUCGAUCUGCUGAUUCUUGCUGGCAUUCUUCUUGUUGGGAGAUUGUGAACAACGUGCUGGGAUGGGAUCCAUUGACGAGGCAUUGCCUUUUUCUUGUCACUGAUGAAGGUGCUCUUUACCAUAUUAAAUGGUUUAAGCUGCUUAAUUUCAUGUCCUCCAUAUUGAAGGCCUUUUGUAUGUAUGUUUUUCUUACUGAACAAUUUGGGUGCGCCUAUUGGGAGCUCAUAUUAUUCUCCUUCUUACAAGGUGAGUAAAGGUAAUUAGAUGAUAAAGUAGAUUGGUUUUCAACUUCAAACUGUAGAUUGGAGGUUCUUGGUUUCCCUCGAGUUGAUAUUUGCUAUCUACAUGUUCUUAUUGUCGGACGGAUUAGUGACAGCAUGUGAUAAUACGUUGAUUAUCUUUGGUUUUUCUCUUUCAGGUAAACUGAAGCGACUUGGCCUAACAAAGUAGCAGGUACACAGUCCUCUUCUCUAGGUCUACUUCUACACCGUCCUCGCGGAAGAACUCCCUGGUUGCAUAUCUCAACUCCGCCUCGAUGCUUUCUGCCGAGAAAAACCGGACCCUGGGGCUAGAUCUAGUGCCGUCA